AUGCAGACAUUCUUUGAUCCAUUGUGUUCAUCUGCUUCGGAAUUUAUUGAUUCUCCUACACUUUUGGACGAUUUAAAACUUGACUAUACGUUUACACAAUAUCCGUUUGAUAAUCCUAAUUAUACUCAAGUUAAUGAUAUUGAAAAAUUCUUAAAUAUAAACGUUGAUGAUUGUGAAGACAAUAAUAAACAAGAUAUAGAAUAUUUUUGUGAUGAGAAUCUUUUAAAUUCAACGGAUAUUCAUUUCAAUACUAAAGAUGAUUCUAGUUUUCAAUUAUCAACUUUAUACGAUAUACCUUGGAUAAAAUCAAUAUUUAAUGAUGAUAUUACGCAGACAAUUUCAGAAAAAAAAAACAUUUUUGAGGAAGAAAGAUUAUCUGAUAUUUAUAUUAAUUUCGAUGAUUCAACAUUAUUAAACGAAAUAACUGGUACUCCUAAAGAUGUUGUCAAAGAAACUGAUCAAUCAAACAAGGAACUAAAUAAAGAUGAUAAUUAUGUUUUUACCAUAAAUGUUUCUGAUAGUUAUGAGAAAGAUUCGGCCUUAUCUUAUCUAUCUAAUCUUAAUGAUACUCAACAUUUUUUUGACUCAUCUUUUACAUGUCCAUUAACUCCACGUUUAUUACCAUCGGUAGGAAAUGAACUAAAAGAAUUACUCGUUUUGGAUUCAAAACCGUCUGUCAAAAUGUCCGUAAAAGAAGGAGAUACGUUAUUAGAGAAUAUGACCUCAAAACAAUUUGUUAAUAACAACAAAUCAUCUGAAAAGACUUUAUAUAGUGAUAAUUCAGAUAUACAUCCUCUAAAUAACCUUUUGGAAGACCAUACACCAAGUAUAUCAUUCUCAACAAAGCGUUCUUUUCAAGAUUUUUCUAAUGGCGAUAUGUAUAUAUCAUCAUUACCGUCUCCAAAAAGAAAUAAACAUAUAUAUCCGAUAGAAAACAACCUUUAUGGCCAUACGUUUAAUUCAAUUAUUCAUGAUAAUUCUAUAAUAUCAUUGCCGCAGUCACAUAUAUCCUCGGAAUCGGCUCUUAUGUUUGAUAAUAAUAUUUUAUCUUAUAAAAAUUACGGGACUACAAAUGGAAAACAAGAAUAUAUGGAUACAUCUUCACUUGUUCCAUAUGAAGUUUAUCUUCCUGAAACAACAGCAUCAUUCUUUUCAAAACAAACCAAUCCGACUUCAUUAACAUCUAUUAAAACCGAUUUGCCCGAAAAUAUUAAUAUGAAAGAUAUAGUUCGCGCAUCUUCAACUAAAUAUAAAAAGAAGCGAUAUCCUAUAACCUUUGAAUCUUUUAUUAACUUUACAGAACGAGACGCUGAAAUUAUUCUUAAUGGUGUUGCUCCGAGCGGAAGCAGUAAGAAACAUUAA